AAGAAGAAGAAUUUUCCGGAAGUGUCGUCUGAACUCACUGUGAAGGUAUUCGGUUACACUCUUUGGACUGCUCUGUGUUGUUUUCUGUUUAAAAUUUCGGAUUCUUCAGAAAAAGGAAACAGAUAAGCAAUCUGUAAUCUUGGUAAUUUAAUCAACGGAUAUACCAAAAGCAUUUAUUGCCGUUUUCCCUAAAAGGGAGGUCUUUGUGGACAGGUUUCUUGCAGUCCAGCUGACAAACCACAAUGAUCACUAGAAGAAGUCGCACUGUCACCAACACAGAAGUGCAGUCUCCAGAGGUUGAGGCGGUAGAUGUGGAAAGUAUGAAAGAUCUUCCGAUUCCAUGUGACGGAUUCCGAGUUAAAGAUGUGGAUGCUGCUGGAGUAGAGCUUGAUGACCUGUUUGAAGACUUAAAAUGGACACUAGACAGAGAUGCUUCAUCCUCGCUCUUCAAUAUUGAUUUGGCUGAUCUCUGUGUGUACAACACCAAAGAUGGAGACUCCGGGCUUGAAGCUUCAACUGCCUCAUCUCCUGAGAGAUAUUCCUCUGACUCCCAGAACAGCAGGCAAAAACAGUCAAGUCACGUGACUAACAAAAAUGCAAUCGCUGCCAGAUUAAAUCGUCUCAAGAAGAAGGAAUAUGUCAAUAGCUUGGAGCAGAAGAUCGGCAUGCUUUCAACGGAAAAUAGCACGCUCAAAAUAGAAAAUUCUCAGCUGACCAAGAGAGUGGAAGAGUUGGAAGAUGAAACCAGGGGCCCAACUCAAACGAGCACGACUACGCCCUACCCAGGAAAUGGGCCAGAGUGGAGGAAAAAGAAACAUCUGGUGGCGUGUGUCUUCAUGUGGACAAGAAUCAUGUCUCAGUGGAGUUCUGCACCAAGUGUGCAGAGAGUGCAAGCACGGUGCUCAAAAUGUAGGGUCAAGUACUUCUCUUUGUUUUCAGAUAUUGAGACUGAGCUUGAUGGGGCUCAGUGUGCUGAACUUGAGGCUGGAUGAACGCUUUGAAUUGAUUAAUUACCUAAGAACUGUGCAUGUGUUUUUGUGUGAUGAUGGAGUUCAUGUUGCUGCUAAACCUUGUUGACAGUUUCUUCUAGGUAAUUGGUUGAUCCACCAUGCGGGAUGAGUGGCUUUCAGAACGCCUUUGUCUGCUUGACUCCAUGUGGAUUCUGCUGGUGGAAGGGGAAGAGGCUGGACAAGCGGCUGCCAUCGUGGCCUGGUAUUUUUUUAAAGGUAGUAUCGGUAUCAAAUGGUAUUUGUGAUCCUAUUUCAUCACUACUCCACAACAUCUGUAGCUGCUGAUCCUGUCAGCAUAGCUCCCGCAGCAUUUUUAAGGGCUGACAAUAGCUUCUCGUUUAUGCAAACACAAGUUUAACAGUCUAAGAAUUAUAACUUGUAUAUAUUGUUGGAAUGUAUAUUUAACAUACUCAGAAAAAUCUGCUGUACGUGGAAAAAAAUGUGUAAAUGUGUACAUAACUCUGAACACAUACUGUUUUAGGUAAAUGGCCUUUGAGAAAUGUUGGACAAAUAAAUCUUAUUUACAGUACUUUUGACUUAAAA